UUCAGAGAAGCACAACCAUUAACAAACAAUCAGAUUAUAGCUGCCCGAGGGAAAGUUUGCUAUUUCGGUGGUUUUGUAUUAGCAAAGUUAAAGCACCAGCUCCAAGUGAAGGCGACCAAUUUGCUGCGAAAAUAUCAUAGGAAUGACAAAAUUAAACAUGAUAGGAAAUAGCCAGAUGGAAAUAGCUUACGUACAAAUUAUCAAUGAAAUGUGUCUCUCUGAAUAUGGAAUAACUGGUGAAACUAAGGAUUCAGCAUGCAUUCAACUGACAAUGGAGAAACAAUUCGUUAAUGGGAAACUGGACCAUAUUAUUGAUGAAUCAAAUAAUUUUGUUCUCCACAUUAACUUAAUAGGAAAUAAUAGUAUUGACAAGCAACACAUCAUUCUUUUGAUCAAUUCACAACUAGGAGAUGUACAGAGAAACACAAAUGUCAAUUAUGAUCACUCAAAAAUGUCAUCAAAAAGUGACAUUAGAACAUUUGGGACGCAUACCCAUGACCAUAAUAACCAUACUUUUGUCAAAACCUUGUUGUUUGUGAGGAAAUUGUAACAGAAUGAAGUCAGAUAUACAGUAAAACAUGUCUAAACCAAACACCAUUGGGAACAGCUAAAACCUUUCAUAUUAGGAGGUGUUCACAUUUCAAGUUUUUGGCAUAUGCAAUAUGUCGCAUUUUGAA